GUCCCGGGUUUUACAAUUCACACCCUCUCAGACUGUGUCUCUAUAAAUAGCCCUCAUAAACUAUGACGACUCCGCCGAAUCAAAAACAUCCCCACCCACCUGAGUGUUUUCGUCGACCCUCUCAUCUCUCCUCACCGAACCCCCCCCCUCUCACCCGGCUAAGCAUGUCAGCCAUGGCAACCGUUCAAGUUCCCUCCCAAUGCAUGUUCAGACAUGCGCCCCAGAAGCAGUUCACCAGUUCAAUUGUGAAGCUAUCUUCUCCCCUUGGAUCUGUGAAGAAUAUCUCCAAGUCCUUUGGCUUGAAAGCAUCCUCAAACUUCCGGGCAUCAAUGGAGGUAUACAAGGUGAAGCUGAUUGGGCCAGAUGGUGUGGAGAAUGAGUUUGAGGCGGCGGAUGAUUGCUACAUCUUAGAUGCAGCUGAGAAUGCUGGAGUUGAGCUGCCAUAUUCCUGCAGGGCUGGGGCAUGCUCUACCUGUGCAGGGAAGCUGGCAUCCGGUUCAGUAGAUCAGUCCGAUGGUUCAUUCCUCGACGACAACCAAAUGAAGGAGGGUUAUGUGCUGACUUGUAUAUCGUACCCAACUUCGGACCUUGUGAUUCACACUCACAAGGAGAGUGAGCUGUAUUAGGUGGUUUGCCGUCGGCAUAAGUAGAAUUAUGAAAGAACGUGUUAUUGUCAAGUCUCUCAAUCAUAGACCUUCCUUUUGUUCUGUUUGUUGUGGAAUCGUGUAUCGCCGUUAACGUUAACGGUUGCUGUUUUAUUGGUUUC